AUGGAUCCAAUUCAGGAAGAACUCCUUUAUAAAGAACUAUCCCUCCUACCUCGUCCCUGUUAUCCCUUUCCGGACAGAGUCAACCAGCAUAUUGACAGCCUUGCAUCCGAAUAUCGCGAGUGGAUCGACACCGACUGCGACUUUACAUCUGCGUCUGCUCGCGCUGCGUACAAGCGACACAGAUUAAGCGACAUUGCUGCCCGGGCAUUUCCGUCGCUGAGUCUGGAGGAACUGCGACCAGUGGCACGCUUCACGUCAUGUCUGGCCAUCAUCGAUGACUUUCUAGACAAGGCGGAUGCUGCUGAGCUGGAACGAGUCCGCAACGAAGCCACCGCCCUUCUCCUUGGUAUAGAUGACAGGGAGCCGCCCCGUGCAGGAUUCUAUCGCCAGGUAUAUCUGAUACGGCAAGAUGCCUUGGCGAUUGUUGACGGGCUAUGGGGCGGAGAAGCAAUUCAACGCGGCGGACACGCCGCCACCGCUUAA